AUGAGUAGAGAUAAAAAUAGCGGGAACUGGUGGUUGGUCAUUGGAAAUAAUAAUGAACAUGUUGGUUACUGGCCAAAGGACUUAUUUACUUAUUUAGCAGAUGGUGCUAAAGGUGUUUCUUGGGGAGGGCUUGCAAUGGCUGGUUCUGAUGGUGUUAGCCCUCCAAUGGGAAAUGGUCGCUUUCCGCGUGAGCCAUCUCCAUGUUUUUUUAAUAAGUUGGAGUUUGUGAAUGCGGAAUAUUAUAUCGCACAUCCUUCAAAGCCAGCAGACAUAGAAGUGCGUGUGGAUGGAAAUCAUUGCUAUGAUAUAAGUUAUAAUGAUUAUGAACCUGAUAAAGGAGAUAGUUUCACAUUUGGAGGAAUUGGUGGCAAGUGUGACUAG